GUGGCCAGUGUUUCCACAACCGCAGAGCGGAGCGGGGCGGGGGGUGGGCGUUAAGGAGGAUGGGGUCCAACGUCGCGACUUUGUAGGGCGUGGGGGAGGGUCCUGCACGGAGCCCGAUGGCGGCGCGGAGGAGCCUCGCACAGGUGUUGGUGACCUUCAGGGAUGUGGCUGUGACCUUCACCCGGGAGGAGUGGAGACAGCUAGACCCAUCCCAGAGGACCCUGUUCCGGGAGGUGAUGCUGGAGACGUGUGAGCUCCUGGUCUCACUAGGGCAUUGGGUUCCCAAACCAGAAUUGGUCCAUCUGUUGGAGCAUGGGCAGGAACCAUGGACCCUGAAGAGAGGCCUUUCACAUAGCACCUGUGCAGAUUUAGUUAUAAUUAAAAAUUCUUGGCCGCUGCUGCCACCCAGCCAGGCUGCUGUCAGUGCUGCUGCCGCCAUGGCUCAAUACAAGGGCGCUGCAAGCGAGGCGGGCCACGCCAUGCACCUUAUGAAGAAACGAGAGAAGCAGCGCGAGCAGAUGGAGCAGAUGAAGCAGUGGAUUGCAGAGAACAUAAUGAAAUCCGAUAUCGACAAGAAGUUCUCUGCUCACUACGAUGCGGUGGAGGCAGAGCUCAAGCCCAGCACCGUGGGUCUGGUGACCCUAAAUGACAUGAAGGCCAAGCAGGAGGCCCUAGUGAAGGAGCGGGAGAAGCAGCUGGCCAAGAAGGAGCAGUCAAAGGAGCUUCAGCUGAAGCUGGAGAAACUGCGAGAGAAGGAGCGCAAGAAGGAGGCCAAGCGGAAGAUCUCUAGCCUGUCUUUCACUGAAGAAGAGGAGGCAGCCAUGUACAAGGAGGAGCUGGAAAGGGAAGAGGUCACCACGAAGAAGAGGAAGUUAGGGAAGAAUCCAGAUGUCGACACAAACUUCUUGCCUGACCGAGACCAUGAGGAGGAAGAGAACCGGCUUCGGGAGGAGUUGCGGCAGGAGUGGGAAGCCAAGCAAGAGAUCAAAAGCGAGGAGAUGGAGAUCAUCUUCAGUUACUGGGAUGGCUCCGGGCACCGGCGGACAGUCAAGAUGAAAAAGGGCAACACAAUGCAGCAGUUCCUACAGAAGGCGCUCGAGAUCCUUCGUAAAGACUUCAGUGAGCUCAGGUCGGCAGGCGUGGAGCAGCUCAUGUACAUCAAGGAGGACUUGAUCAUCCCCCACCAUCACAGCUUCUACGACUUCAUCGUCACCAAGGCCCGGGGAAAGAGUGGGCCACUCUUCAACUUUGACUUUCAUGAUGAUGUGCGGCUGCUCAGUGACGCCACCGUGGAGAAGGAUGAGUCCCAUGCUGGCAAGGUGGUGCUGAGGAGCUGGUAGAAAAACAAGCAUAUCUUCCCCACCAGCCACUGGGAACCCUACGACCCUGAGAAGAAGUGGGACAAGUACACAAUCCGCUGAGCAUCCUGGGCGGUGGUGUGGUCUCGGCUCCUCUUUGGCCUCCCCGGGCGCGCCGCUGUGUCAUCGUGGCUCUAGACGUCUGGCUACCCCAACCCUGGCAGCGCCAUUCCCUGCCUUUGUCUUUUACAAUAAAAAGAAUGCACUUGUCAGAGUUGGAGCAGGU